GCCAAUUACACUUGACAAACAAGUAUGCAUCUUUUACAGUAACCGUUGCAUGAUCUGAUAAAUAAGUGUCUCGUAAUACUAAAGAUUUAUUAGAAUACUCAUGCUCCCGAUCCACUGAUAUGGGACAACGUUAUCCGGAAACCAUCAGUCAACAAAUACAAGAAAAAAUUACACAAGUUAACCAAAAGAAGCGAAUUUAUGAUGAUAUGAUAGCUGAUGAAAACAUACUUACAACUAUACCUAUUACCGCUCCAUCAAGAGAUAUGCAUAAAGAAGCAAUGGAGUUUGUUAAUAAAUUCAAAAAUGAAAGAGCUGAAAAUGGAAAAAGAAUGGACUGGAAAUCAUGCCUUUCUCAAGGAUUGAAGGAGGGAUUGUUAUUUGGAUAUAAAAGCUCAGAAAGUCUUCGAGCCCAAUUCUCCAAAUAUAAAAAUAAGAAAAGCAGUACUUGAAUAAAAAUAUCUAUUUUUUAAAAA